AUGAGGGCUCAUGACAAGGUUGAGGUAUUUGAUAUUUACCGUGCAUUGAAAUUGCCUUCUAUUUAUGAAGAGUUGUCAGCUAUUACUGUGGUUGAUAAAAUUCUAGAAUCACAAGUAGUUCUUUCCGAUGAUCCCUUAGAGAGUGUUAAAUUGUCUGAUGAACAAGUUGAUGCGGCAUUGAAGAUCUUAAAGCACACGAAGAAAGUAACUGGAUGGUUUCUACCAGCGAUUCAUCAUGGUUUUUUUAAGAUUGCGAGACCUAUGUGGAGUCUUUUGGAGAAGGAUGUGAAGUUUAACUUUGAUGCAAUGUGUAUGAGAGGUUUUGAGAUGCUGAAGAGAAACUUAAUACAGGCUCCUAUUCUAAUUGCUCCUGAUUGGGAAUUACCAUCUGAACUCAUGUGUGAUGCAAGCGAUGUAACAGUGGGUGUAGUGUUGGGACAAUGA